AUGAUGGUUCCUGAGUGCAGACCUGUUGAAGGAACAAUAAGCCCUAUAGCUGAUGUACAGGCUGACCUAUGGACAGGAGGUAUACAGGAGGGCUGGAAUUUUGAGUAUUUGCCGCAGUCCGGGGGCCGCAGGGGCCAUGGUUCUGGCGAUAAGAAGUCCAAAAAGCGUAGCCGGCGCAAGGAAACCUACUCGAUGUAUAUCUACAAGGUGCUAAAGCAGGUGCACCCGGACAUCGGCAUCUCUUCCAAGGCCAUGAGCAUCAUGAACUCAUUUGUGAACGAUGUGUUUGAACGGCUGGCUGGCGAGGCUGCCCGGCUGGCCCAAUACUCGGGCCGGACCACACUGACAUCCCGGGAGGUCCAGACAGCGGUGCAUCUGCUGCUGCCCGGAGAGCUGGCCAAGCAUGCUGUAUCUGAUGGCACCAAGGCCGUCACCAAGUACACCAGCUCCAAGUGACCCAGGGCCUUCCAUUAAUAAAGA